AUGACGUUUUUUCUCAGAAGAACUUUUUUCAGCAGAAAUAUAUACAAUUUUGUCAACUCAGCGUUGAUGGUUCCCACAUCCCUCACAGUAGGGCACAGGUCGCUUUACGUGGGCGAACGGGCCUCACUAAACAAAACAUUCAGUGCUGGAGACGUCGCGCUUUUUGCUGAGCUGACGGGGGACACGAAUCCUCUCCACCUCGACCCCGAAUAUGCCAAAACGACCUCUUUCGAAAACCCCAUUGUUCAUGGAGUGCUGAUUAACGGUCUGAUCUCAGCAGUUCUUGGGACCAAGUUGCCCGGCAAAGGAUGCGUGUUUCUCUACCAGGAAAUUCGCUUUCCGGCGCCCCUCUAUAUUGGAGAGGAGGUUGUGGCGGAAGCAGAGGUCAAAAAGAUCAAAAUGUCCUUCGCUUUUAUUUCUGUUUCCUGCGCUGUCAAAGACAAAGUGGUCAUGGAGGGAGAGGUCAUGGUCAUGAUGCCGCAAGACGCACAACAAUCAUGAGGAAUUUGAGUGAAUGCUGCCGUUCAGUUCAUGUUUGAAAUGUCCUGCCAGGAGUGAAAUGUUUUUCUUGCUUGUUUUUGUUCUUUUGAAAUGUAACAUGUAAUUUAAUAUUCCUUGUUUUUUGUUCUCUGAGAAGUUGUUUGAAUAAAAAACAGUGUGGGAAAAUAAACAGCUCUUUGACUUAGUUCUUAGGUGAGUCC